AGUCUAGGAGCAUCCAGUAAGGCCCUUAUAGUGGGUGGUUUAAGUUCGAUCCUCAUCAUUGGGAUGUCGGAGACGGUUAGAGAUACAAAGUCGCUUAAAUGGGGGCAAAGUUGCGUAUUCAGAUCAAAUUUCCGAGCUACAUCUCAUAAAAGUUCAACAUUCCCAGCAACCACCUCCUCAGACGCAGAUGUUAAUGAGAGAUGUCGUAAAGCUCAAAUUGAAAGCUAGAUGGGAAAGGUGGAAAUGGCGGAAUGGACGUCACUACUUAACAAGCUUUUCUAUCAACUUCAUCGCGAUACUUAUGGUUAUAACUGUAUUUGGAGGCGUUUAUUAGCUAUUAAAGUUGGAUAUUCCAUUUUAUUUGUGGAAUUUUUGCUAAUGUGUAAUGUUAAUGUUAUCAUCUAUACUAUAUUUCCUGGAUGGAAAACAAAACAAAUGAAUUAAAAAGGAAAGAAUAUGUUU